AUGGGAGGGGGGAGGCGGGAUGUGGGAGUGAGAGUGCAGUAUUGGGGGGCUGGUGGCAUCGUGGCUGGGAGAGGGGUGGAUGAAAGUCCCCCUCCCUCUGGUCUCUGUCCCUCUCUCACUGAAUCUCCUUCCCUCUCCCCAGGACAGUCCCUUGUUUCUCACCUGCUGACUCAGGGACCAGAACUGGGCCUAGAACUUGCUUUUGUCUGGAAUCGUGACCCAGGGCGAAUGGCAGGGAGUGUGCCCCCUUCCCUGCAGCUCCAGAACCUCGCUGCUCUUGGGGAGAGGCACCCUGACCUUGUGGUGGAAGUGGCCCAUCCUAAAAUAAUCCAGGAAUCUGGGGCACAAAUCCUGCGCUAUGCCAACCUCCUGGUGGGGUCCCCCUCAGCCCUGGCUGACCAGGCCACUGAGCAGCAGCUCCUGGAGGCCUCGCACCGCUGGAACCACGCUGUGUUUGUGGCCCGGGGGGCCCUGUGGGGCACUGAGGACAUCACCAGAUUGGACGCAGCUGGGGGCCUCCAGAGUCUUCGCGUCACCAUGGCCACGCACCCCGACGGCUUCCGGCUCGAGGGACCGCUGGCUGCAGUGCCCAGCACUGGGCGUCGCACUGUGCUCUAUGAAGGCCCCGUCCGGGGACUCUGCCCCUUUGCCCCCCGCAACUCCAACACCAUGGCGGCCGCCGCACUGGCCGCCCCCAGCCUGGGCUUUGAUCGCGUGGUUGGGGUGCUUGUGGCUGAUCUCAGCCUCACAGACAUCCAUGUGGUGGACGUGGAGCUGAGGGGAACCCCGGGCCCCACAGGACGAAGGUUUGCUGUGCACACCCACAGAGAGAAUCCUGCAGAGCCAGGCGCUGUCACAGGCUCUGCCACUGUUACCACCUUCUGGCGCAGCCUCCUGGGCUUGACGCCACCGUAG